CUCGUACUCUAAAUAUUACUUAUACUUACUAAAUGGAAAACUAAAUAAAAUACCGAUAUAUCAUUCAUUUCUAAUUUCAUCAGUCAUGGUAUGAAAUUUAUCUUCAAGACGUUCUAAAUCAGUAUCUUAAAAUUUGGAAGAAGAAAAAAAUUAGAAGGAAUUGUUACAGUCAUAAUUUAUUUCCGGUUUGGCUAAAUGUUUGGCGAUAAUAUACAUAUGUAACCGGCAAGUGUAUUUAAUCUUAUUUAAACACAGCAAAAUAUAAAACGUGAUAUUUAAUUAUUUAUACGAUCCUUUAGCAGCUGUUUAAGGACCUGCACAACACUAUACGGAUCCUCUACAUUUACCUGUUGAAAUGUUUACUCAUUCUCCGCUGUUUUCCGCUUCAUUGAGAAAUUUAAUACAAAUGACUAACCUUGUGACACCGUUAGUCCUGACACUAACUGUUGUGUUUCACGAAGGAACGCUUUAAUCCACGGUAUUGUCACAGAUCACCGAGUGCUGUACAACACGAAUUAGUAUAGAAUACACGUGUGUGAAAGUUUCAUCCUCAUGGCGUGUCUUUAUGGAGUUUUUUGUGUUCUGUGUAGUUUUAUGUCAAUGGCUUUAGGAGAAUUUGAUUUAACAAUAUUACACACAAAUGACAUCCACGCGCGAGUUCAAGAAAUGAACGCUUUUGGGGGCCAAUGCACGGGCAGUGAUUGUUAUGGUGGAGUCGCCCGGAUGAAAACAAAAGCAGAGGAAAUUCGAGGUCAGUUUCCCAACACUUUGUUUGUGGACGCCGGGGACCAGUUUCAAGGGACACUCUGGUUUAAUUAUUACGGUGGAAAUAUUUCUGCUAUCACGAUGAAUGAACUAGGAUAUGACGUAAUGGCUUUGGGAAAUCAUGAAUUUGAUCGAAAAAUUGAAGGCGUGCUGCCAUUUUUGAAAAAAGUAAAUUUUCCUGUCCUCAGUGCUAACAUCGACACUUCAUUGGAACCGUCCAUUGUCCCGUACGUCAGAAAAAGCUAUAUCGCCCAGGUUGGUGGGCAACAAAUUGGAAUUGUGGGAUACACCACUAAAGAUACAACAAUUAUAUCAUCUCCAGGUUCCUUGGCUUUCAAUGACGAAGUGAACUCCGUACGGACGGAAGUAGAGAGGCUCACAGGUCAAGGAAUCAAUAAGAUUAUCGCCGUUGGGCAUGCGGGAUUUGAGGUGGACAAAAAGAUUGCAAAAAUCCCUAACGUAGAUAUUGUCGUUGGAGGACAUUCGAAUACCUUUCUCUACUCAGGAACUCCGCCAUCCAAUGAGAAGCCAGCUGGGGAAUAUCCCCAUGUUGUUCAGAAGGCCGGAGGAGAGCGCACUCUGGUGGUCCAAGAUUACGCAUUCGGAAAGUAUCUAGGAUUUUUACAGGUUGAAUUUGAUGACAAUGGAAAAGUUACGAAUUAUGGUGGCAAUCCCAUUUUACUCAACAAUUCGAUUGCAGAAAAUACCGAGUUAAAAGGCAAGGUUGAUCUGCUGUACAGCGCUAUUCAGGACACAAUCACCCGCGUGGUAGGACGGACGUUAGUGACCCUGGAGGGCGGGGAACAGUGUAGACUGAGAGAGUGCAACAUGGGUAAUGCGAUCGCUGAUGGGCUCGUAUACCAUAACCUUAAGGACGCUGAUGACGUCAAUGGCACGAGGGUUUACAUAGCUCUGAUCAAUUCGGGGUCCAUCCGGACCUCCUUCAGCAGAGGACAGAUUUUAUUGGGCAAUAUAUUUGAGGUGCAGCCUUUCAGAAACACUCUGGAAACUAUUCAACUUCAGGGAAAGUAUUUACGUGAGACAUUGGAGCACAGUGCUUCUGCACAUAAUGUGGCGGAUCCAGAUGGCGCGUUUCUACAAUUUUCAGGAUUACGCGUGAAGUAUAAUUUGAAUAAACCAGUAAACCAAAGAGUUGUAGAGGUUAAAGUCCUCUGUUCAGACUGUGAAAUUCCGAAAUAUGAACCACUGGAGGAAAACAAAAUGUACGACGUGAUACUAUCCAAUUUUAUCUUGCUUGGUGGUGACGGUUACACAGUAGUGAAAGACCACGCUCAACAGAAACAUAUAGUAGGGAAUUUGGAUAUAGAUGCCUUCGCCGCCUAUGUGGAGGACUUUUCACCUUUGUACACUUCCUUAGAGAACCGUAUAGAGUUUGUGGACAACAGUUAUCCGUGUGGCACGAGCGGUGGCGCUACUACUGGACUCUACUUUUACACCACUCUUUUGUUUCUGUUGUCAGUUCGGAUUACACAUUAUAUUUUAAGUCUAUAGCUUUAACAUGUUUCACAUUUGUAUUUUUAAUUUUGUUGUUUUAUGUAUUCAUAAAAACUUCUACAUAUAAUACAUAACAUUUCUAAAGUGCUCAAAAUAUUCAUUGAGUAUUUACAUUUCGAAUCAUAUAUAUUGUCGACUGACCAUUUUCGGUGACCUUAGUGAUAAACCGCGAUUUUCUCAUUAAUCACUUAGAUAAAAUGAAUAAACAAUACACCUACCUUUAAAGUAAUUAAAUUCCUUUACUUUCAUCCAAAAAUUCCAAAAUCAUUGGUACGUUAAUUGAAUAUAAAUAAUUUUCGUAACAAAAAAACAUGACACUUGGGGUCCUAAAACGGUGACGUCACCUAUUUCGGUGACCAUUGUUAAUAUAUUAGGUUUGCUAAAAGUUUGUAACUGUUAAAACGUAUAUAUACAGGAGGAAUGUGCAACUAAACGUCAAUGAAUAAAAUAACAUAGUGUAGAAUUCUAGACUUUUGGUAUACUUUUUAUUGAUUUGAAAGUUUACUUGAAAAAGUAAUAAGUAAAUUAUGGGCUUAUUUUUGGGGUGCUCGUGUUGAUUGUUUGCAUACUCUCCUUCUAGUGGUUCAUUUUCGGGAGAGAGAGAAAAUGAAGACGUACUCUAUAUUUGUGUGCAAACACUACGGCGAAAUUGAUGACGCAAUCUACACCGGAAACGACAACGCGCACACGUAAACAAAAGGUCACCGAUACUGGCCAGUCACCGAAAUAGGGCAGUCGACAGUCACCCAAAUAGGGCAGUCGACAGUCACCCAAAUAGGGCAGUCGACAGUCACCCAAAUAGGGCAGUCGACAGUCACCCAAAUAGGGCAGUCGACAGUCACCCAAAUAGGGCAGUCGACAGUCACCCAAAUAGGGCAGUCGACAGUCACCCAAAUAGGGCAGUCGACAGUCACCCAAAUAGGGCAGUCGACAGUCACCCAAAUAGGGCAGUCGACAGUCACCCAAAUAGGGCAGUCGACAGUCACCCAAAUAGGGCAGUCGACAGUCACCCAAAUAGGGCAGUCGACAGUCACCCAAAUAGGGCAGUCGACAGUCACCCAAAUAGGACAGUCGACAGUCACCCAAAUAGGGCAGUCGACAGUCACCCAAAUAGGGCAGUCGACGGUACUACUUGUAUAACUUGUACAUAUUUUGUAUAAUUUCAUUUCCUGUGCUCAGACAUUGAAAAACAAGAAUGCCGUCAUAAUAUAUGAUGACCACAAUAUGGAAAAGGGUAUACGCAACACUAAAUGUUGAAUUCUGUAUAUAACAUCUAUAUCAUAUGUGUAACUCAACAUACAUACUAGUUGGCACUGUCGAUAAUACUGUCCAUGAUACAGGUGUAUAUAUACCUGUAUUUUAAUCACUUUGCAACUGAAUAGAAUACAAGACUGAAGUUCGUUUGAUGAACAUAUAGAAAAGAGAGUCUGGCCAUCGCUCAUUGGGAUCUCAAACCGUUUUUUUCCGUGCUGCUUUACAUGUUUACAUUAAAUACUUUUAUACGAAUGACA